AUGCCCUUCGGGCUGAAGAACGCUGGAGCUACAUAUCAGAGGUUGGUCAACAAACUGUUCAAAGCCCAACUCGGUCGAAACAUGGAGGCUUACGUGGAUGACAUGUUAGUCAAGAGUCUAUUGGCUAAACAGCAUCCGGACGACUUGGAGGAGUGCCUCAGAACCUUACGCCAGUAUCAGAUGAAGCUCAACCCGGCCAAGUGUGCCUUCGGGGUUACAGUUGGUAAAUUCUUGGGGUUCAUGGUGCAUUACCGAGGAAUUGAGGCUAACCCCUCGAAGAUAAAGGCCAUACUCGAGAUGCCUCCCCCUCGAAGUAUCAAGGAGGCCUUGACUCGAGUCCAGAAUUUUGCAUGGACAGAGGAGUGCCAGGAGGCGUUUGAACAGCUGAAACAGUGUCUAGUCUCCCCCCCAGUCCUGGCAAAACCACAGUCGGGAGAGUCACUAUAUAUUUAUUUGGCUGCCUCGGAUGAGGCUGUCAGUUCGGUUUUGGUGCGGGAGGAGGACAAAAUUCAAAAUCCGGUCUAUUAUGUGAGCAAAAGGUUGGCCGGAGCUGAGAUUCGUUACACUUUAACAGAAAAGUUGGCCUAUGCCCUAGUCAUCUCCGCUCGAAAGUUGAGGCCUUACUUUGAGGCACACCACAUUAUCGUCUUAUCAAGUCAGCCGCUGAGGCAUGUGCUGGGAAAGCCGGACUUGUCGGGGAGGAUGCUCAAAUGGGCAGUAGAGCUGAGUGCUUUCGACAUCGACUAUCGACCUCGGCCGGCCAUCAAGGCGCAGGCUCUUGUCGACUUCAUCGUGGAGGGUACCCUACCAGAGGAAGCAGACGAAGGGAUUUCCCAGACUUGGACUCUUUCCGUAGAUGGCAGCUCCAGUGUCGGAGGCAGUGGCGCUGGAUUACUACUGCAGGGCCCCGAUGGCCAGGCUUGGUCGUAUGCCCUCCACUUCGAGUUCAAUGCCUCUAACAAUGAGGCCGAGUAUGAGACGCUCAUUGCCGGGCUUAGGCUAGCGGAACAGAUGGGAGUCAGGGAUUUGGAGGUAUAUUAUGACUCGAAUUUAAUUGUGCAGCAGGUCAUAGGAGAGUUCGAGGCCCGAGAGGACGUCAUGGCCCAAUACUUGGCGAUAGCCAAAGAUCUUAUGGCACGAUUUCGGACAGUGAAGAUCAAUCAUGUCCCAUGGGCACAGAAUGCAGUGGCGGAUGCUCUCUCGAGGAUAGCUGCUUCUUCCUUCCCUAGGAAUUCCCGAGCUGUUUACAUGGAGUCGUUGCCCCAGAGGAGCAUAGAGACUGAGGCAGAGCAGCUUUGCGUGGAAGGGGUUGAAAGUUGGAUGGAUCCCAUCGUAGCACAUCUGACCAAGGGAUGGCUACCCGAGGAGGAACAGGAAAGUCGAAAACUCAAGCGCCAGGCUGCCAAGUUUCUACUGGUGGGAUCAGACCUUUAUAAGAAAUCCUUCACUCAGCCGCUACUGAAGUGUGUGGGACCGGUCGAGGCCGACUACAUCCUAAGGGAAAUCCACGAAGGGAUUUGCGACAGUCACAUCGGAGCUCGGUCUCUCUCCCAGAAGGCACUUCGGCAGGGGUAUUACUGGCCGACAAUGAUGAGCGAUGCUGGGCAUUUGGUCCAGACUUGUGAGAGAUGCCAAAAAAAUUCCAACCUGGUUCACACGCCGGCAGCUGAACUCACCCACCUGGCUUUGCCUUGUCCGUUUGCCAGGUGGGGAGUCGAUAUCCUAGGGCCUUUUCCACUAGCGGCUAGACAGAACAAAUACUUGAUAGCAGCCAUCGACUACUUCACUAAGUGGGUGGAGGCCGAGCCUGUGGGACUAUUACAGGUCAAAGGGUAA